AUGUCCAACCUCACCGGUACUGGCUCUUCAUCCAUGGCCAGCGACAAGGUCGCCAUCAAGGUCACGCUGUACACAGACCCCACUGGGAAGGCCACGCCCCCGAGCAAGGUGCUCGAGACGACCGCAAGACCUCGUCUCAGCCUUCAAGGUACGGAUGGGGCCACUCACGCGGACGUGCGGCUCAUGGCGGAGGAUCUUGCCUCAAGCGCCAAGUGGUACUUUGGCAAGCAUACUGCACAACUGACGCAGUACGAGCAGAGCGAAGUCCAAUUCGCCACCGAUGGCUUGAGCUACCUCCUGCUUGUUCCUGCCGGCAUGAACACAGGGAGGAUGGGCGUACCAGGAUGGGCAGACGCGAGAUACCAGGGCACGGUGCCGUGGGAGGGCUCCUCGUCCAGAGACGUUGUCUCCAUCAGUGUCACGCUAUACACUGAUCCGAAGACAGUCCUUCAGAACAACUUCGUGGUCCGCGGCGAGGGAGACCGACCCCAUCCGCAGGACACGAAGGCGACUGCAGCUUACGUCGAGCGCAUCACGUACAACCUCCUCACGCAAGCCAAGGAACACUGGAAGUCCGAGAUCGCCGACAUGACUGCGGAAGAGCGGAGCGCGGUGCAAUUUGCGGUACGGUUUCUGCUGACAAAGUCUGUCGUAUCUGACAGUACGGAUGGCCUGCGGCAUCUCGUGAUCGUUCCCAAGUUCACCACCAUGAACCCAGCAACAGACAAGUUCACCAAAGCUGUGUGGGCAAAGCCGAAGUACAAAGGCACAUUGACGAGCGACUUCGGCGACGGAUUCGGCGAGGACGAAGAGGACGGUCGAUCAGAGGAGCAGGCGGCCGCUCACACUGGUUCGGGGCAACAAGAAGACAAGGAUGGGGACGAUUCAGCGAGCAUGGAUACUGCGGCUUCGAGCUGCUAG